UUGUCGAUGGUUGUCACUUCUGUCAAUCUAUUUUUUUACGAAGCUAGAAAACUGUGGAUUUAUAUGUAGAAUUUGACAAUCGUGCGUAAAAGCACGUGUAUAUUUAAAGCGAAUGUACUUGUGAAAAAAAUAUAUAAAAAUACAUAUAAGUUUUUCAGUGUGUUAGAAGUGUGUUUAAGGAAAUAUGGGUAACAGUGACGAUGAAUCGCAUAAUAUUCAGUUUAAGAAGAAGAAAAAAAAAUCAUUAAGGAAACGUGAAGUUCUGUCGGAUGACAAUGACAGUGAGGGUGAAAAAGUAUCUGUCAGAGAAAAAGUUGAAGAGAUGAAGAUUAUCCAAAAGCUCCGUGAAAGACCAGCAGGUAUCAAUGUCGCUGGUUUAGCUCUUGGAGAAAGUGUUGCAUCUGAUGCAAUAACGUCUGAUCCUUUUAACAUGAAGACUGGAGGAAUGGUAAAUAUGGCUGUAUUGAAAAAUACAAAACACAGGCAAAAUGAUGCAUACGAAACUGGCAUUGGAACACAAUUUAAUGCAGAGACUAAUAAACGAGAUGAGGAUGAAGAAAUGGUUAAAUAUAUAGAAGAGGAAUUAUCAAAAAGGAAAAGUAAAAAUAAUAAUGAUAUGGGAAAUAGUACAUAUAAUGAGAAAGGAUCGUAUUGCUCACCCGAAGAAGCAGCAUUACGUGCAGUACCAGGACAUUUAAGGCAAAGUUCAACCAACCGUAGCGAGGAAAUGCUUUCAAAUCAAAUGCUCUCUGGUAUUCCAGAAGUUGACCUCGGCAUAGAGGCUAAAAUCCGUAAUAUUGAAGCUACAGAAGAGGCAAAGUUAAAGCUACUUUGGGAUAGACAUAGAAAGAAAGAUGGACCAUCGCAGUUUGUUCCUACUAAUAUGGCUGUAAAUUUUGUACAACACAACAGAUUUAACAUAGAAGAUUCGGAUUUCCAGAAGACGCAGCAAGAAUCUGAUAACAAGAAAAAAAGCACUACCAAAGAAGAUGUUCGAGGAAAGCGAAAAGACAAUGGAGAAAAGGCAACAGAUGAUUAUCAUUAUGAAAGAUUUAAAAAACAGUUUAGGCGAUUUUAAAUUGAACUGUUUCAUUAAUCAAUUUUAUUUAUAUACUUUUUAUGUCGUUAAUAUCCAUACAUCAGCUGUAUUAUAUAAUUUAAAAAAAAAAAUGCAAAAAAGAAUAAUACAAAGCAUUAUUGUAAAAAAAAAUGUGUGGCUGCUCCGUUG